UUUAUAAUUUUUUUUGGUUUGCAAUUUUGAAUGAUACUUUUUUAUUUCAUAUUAAAUAUUUCUUAUGGAAGAAGUGGGAUUAUUUUAAACAAACAUUCAAUUUCUAAAAGAUGUUUCGAUUUCCAAAUACCUAAAUAAGAUAUGAUUCAUUCGACAAAUCAACAUUUUAUUCAAUAAAUAGUACAUUGAAUUAACAUAUAUAAUAGUUGCGUUGUUUUUAAGCAGCUAUUAGCUUUUAAUUAAAUACUGAAUUAUUUUUACCGUAUACUUUAGGAUCAAAAUUUAAAAUGACUUUAAUAAACAAGGUGUGUUCUAUGACAGCGGACAGUGCAGUGUUAAAAAACAUGAGGAAUUUAUAUGUUUCUUAUAGACAUCAUGAAAACAGUUUUGUACUUAAUUUUUAUAAUAAAAAAAUUCAGUAUAUGCAGGAUCCACAGCAGAAUAGCAUACAAGAAAGGGAUUCCGAUGUAUUACAGUUCAGUAUAGAUAGAGCAACAAUGCUAAAGUAUGUACUCACACACAUAUCAUUUGAGAAACCUCAUAUAGAAUCUGAAGAGAAACACAUUGUUAUUGAUUUUAGCUCUCCAAAUAUUGCAAAGCCAUUUCAUGUUGGCCAUUUGAGAUCUACCAUCAUUGGUAACUUUAUUGCGAAUAUUAAUAAAUUUUUUAACAAUAAAGUCACCAAAAUCAAUUAUUUAGGUGACUGGGGCACACAAUUUGGGCUACUGCAAUAUGGAUUACAAGCUAAAAAUAUUGAUAUUAGUAAACUUAAGAGUAACCCAAUAAAAUGUUUGUAUGAUACUUAUGUUUAUGCUAAUAAAUUAUCAGCUACUGAUGCCGAAGUACAGAAUCAGGCAAGAAAGUAUUUCUCUGACAUAGAACAGGGCCAAAUUAGUCUAGACAAAUGGAAACAAAUCAGAGAGCUUACUGUAACAGAACUUGAAAAUGUAUACCAAAGAUUAGGCAUACAGUUUGAUGAUUAUCACUGGGAGUCAGAUUAUAAUGGUAGAGCUAUUAAACAUAUGAUGGAUUUGCUUGAACAGAAAAAUAUAAUUGUAACAGAUGACUCUGGAAAGAAAAUAGCUAAAGUAAAUAAUAGAAAUGUUACUGUGCUUAAAAGUGAUAACUCUACCCUAUACCUGUCUAGGGAUAUAGCAGCUCUCUUGGACAGGUACAGAAGAUAUAAAUUUGAUAAGAUGCUCUAUGUAGUAGAUAAUGCACAAACAGAUCACUUUGCAGCUGUUUUUGAAAUAGUAAGACAAUUUGAUAAGGAAUGUACAGAGGGAUGUCAGCAUAUAAAGUUUGGAAGAAUAAAGGGUAUGAGCACUAGAAGUGGUAAUGUUGUCUUCCUUAAUGAUAUACUAGAUGAAGCUAAAAGGAAAAUGUAUGAAAAACAACAAUUAUCAAAAAAUACAAGAAGUUCUGCUAUGAACGAAAAGACCUGUGACAUACUUGGAACAACAGCAGUUAUAGUCAAUGAUUUGAAGCAACGAAGACAAAAGGAUUAUGUGUUUGACUGGGAUAGGGCUCUACAAAGUGAAGGGGACAGUGGCAUCAAACUCCAAUAUUUACACUGUAGACUGUGGAGUCUGGAACUGAACUGUGGAGUAUCACUGCCAGAUGCAUGUGACCCUAGCUGUCUACCUGAAGAAAUUAUUGGCGAUGUAGUUGCAGAAUUAGCAAAAUUUGAAGACAUUCUAUAUAGAUCUCACACAGACUAUGAAGCUUGUAUCAUUGUUAACUAUUUAUUUCGUCUAGCAAGAUAUGUAAAUAAAAUGUUUAAUGAAUUAAAAGUUAAGAAUGUUGAUCCACAUGUUGCAGCCCAGAGGCUCCUGGUCUAUCACUCAGCUCGUAUUGUUGUUAAAACAGGACUAGAGAUACUAGGUGUUAAACCACUGAAAGAAAUGUGAUACAUGCUAAUAAAGAUAUUUAUUUAGAAAGUUUAAAAUUGA